UCCAACUUCUUCCUUUUUUAUAUUUUAUUUUAUUUAUUUAUUUAUUCAUUUUUAUCGCCGACUGGAUCUUAAAAUGGCCCGGCACGGAUUAACAGUGCGCAAAACAAACGCAGCUUUAUUCCACUGCUGUUUUGUGAAGGAGAAAACAGCGCUUUCAGACUGAACGUGUUCCUCCUUUUCUCCAGCUCUCCGCUCAUCUUUUUGGAUCACCGGACUCAAAGAACGAGGGACGUUAUCCGGAUUAGUAUUAUAGCAAUAUGAUCGACAGUAAUGUGCGCCUGUUUGUUGUAGUAUUAUAGAACACUGAAAUAAUUGUGAAAUGGAGGCGGAAAAGGAGAAAGCCUUUCCUUCCACUAAAGAGGGACUAAAACACCUCGCAGGAAAGGCCCUCGGGAGUCUGUACAGGAGGCUGGAGAAGCGGCAGCAAACAGGUGAGGCCAUCGAGCUGACGGAGGACGGGAGGCCCCGGGCGGAGCAGGAGCGGAGGGCCCCCCUCUGUGACUGCACGUGCUUCGGCCUACCGCGCCGCUACAUCAUCGCCAUGCUGAGCGGGAUCGGCUUCUGCAUCUCCUUCGGCAUCCGCUGUAAUCUGGGCGUGGCCAUCGUCAGCAUGGUGAACAACAGCACGAUCCAUCAGAACGGCAAGAUCAUCAUCAAAGAGAAAGCGAAAUUCAACUGGGACCCAGAGACCGUGGGAAUGAUUCAUGGAUCCUUCUUUUGGGGCUACAUCAUCACUCAAAUUCCAGGAGGGUACAUUUCAUCACGACUCGCUGCUAACAGAGUUUUUGGUGCUGCCAUCGUGCUGACAUCUACUCUCAACAUGUUCAUUCCCUCCGCCGCCCGAGUGCACUACGGAUGCGUCAUCUUUGUGAGGAUAUUGCAAGGGCUGGUGGAGGGUGUGACUUAUCCGGCCUGUCAUGGAAUAUGGAGUAAAUGGGCUCCACCGCUGGAGAGAAGUCGUCUGGCAACUAUCUCCUUUUGUGGAUCCUAUGCUGGUGCAGUGAUAGCCAUGCCUCUGGCCGGGAUCUUAGUCCAGUACACGGGGUGGUCAUCUGUCUUCUAUGUUUAUGGAUGCUUUGGUAUCUUUUGGUACAUGUUCUGGAUCUUGGUGUCCUAUCAGAGUCCAGCCGAGCAUCCAACCAUCAGCGAAGAGGAACGACGUUACAUUGAAGAGAGCAUCGGGGAAACUGCCCAGCUGAUGGGUGCAGCUGAGAAAUUCAAGACUCCCUGGAGAAAAUUCUUUUCUUCCAUGCCUGUCUAUGCAAUCAUUGUGGCCAAUUUCUGCAGGAGCUGGACCUUUUAUCUGCUCCUCAUCAGUCAGCCUGCGUACUUUGAAGAGGUGUUUGGCUUCGAAAUUAGCAAGGUUGGGAUCCUGUCAGCACUCCCUCACUUGGUUAUGACUAUCAUCGUGCCCUUAGGAGGCCAGCUGGCUGACUACCUGCGCACACACAACAUCAUGUCCACCACUACGGUCCGCAAAAUCAUGAACUGUGGAGGGUUUGGAAUGGAGGCCACUCUUUUGUUGGUGGUUGGAUACUCUCACAGUAAAGGUGUGGCCAUCUCUUUCUUAGUCUUGGCAGUGGGUUUUAGCGGUUUUGCAAUAUCAGGUUUCAAUGUCAAUCAUUUAGACAUUGCUCCUCGCUAUGCCAGCAUUCUCAUGGGAAUAUCCAAUGGUGUAGGAACACUGUCAGGGAUGGUCUGCCCUCUAAUAGUCGGAGCCAUGACAAAGAACAAGACCAGAGAAGAAUGGCAGUACGUCUUCCUCAUAGCUUCCCUCGUGCAUUAUGGAGGAGUGAUCUUUUAUGGCAUCUUUGCAUCUGGUGAGAAACAGCCAUGGGCUGACCCUGAAGACACCAGCGAGGAGAAGUGUGGCUUCAUCGACGAAGAUGAGCUUGCUGAAGAGACAGGUGAUAUUACCCAGGCUUACGGCACCAUGGGUGGCCCGGCUAAAAGCUAUGGGGCCACUGCACAACUCAAUGGAGGUUGGGUGCAGGAUUGGGAUAAGGUGGAGGAGUAUGUGCAGGAGCCAACAGGGAAGGUGUAUGCUGAGCGGGGCUAUUCCUAGACCAUUGGUAUUUGCGGUUAUGGUGAGUCGGCCUACAAUAAACAGACUUCCCAUAGCAAAUUGCACAAAUAAACAUUAUAUUAGAUAUUUAAACAUUCUGUGUACUCAAGUAGUUCCAAAUGGCCAGCGUAGAUGUUAUUUGUAAUGCAGAACAAUCUUCCUUAGAUUCUUAGAUGUUUCUCAUCACAUCUACCUAGGGCUUUAUGUACAGUUGGAAACACGUUUAGAUGUACCUUGGCUAAAAACUUUCUAACUCAAUUUUCUCCUGUUGUAUAUAUUCAGUUUUAUCAUGUGUGUUAAGUGGG